AUGGAAUGCCUUUCCUUUUCUAUUCCAUUCGUUUAUGUGUUUUAUUUAUUGACAAUAGUACAUUUAUCUCCAGGAAAUCUGGGAUAUAUAGUAGGGAGAGAGCCUGAAAUGAUUGGCUCGUUUCGUGCAUGCUGUUCACCGAUAUUAUCAAGGACUGGCCUUUUCAUUAACAAAAGCUCAUGUUGCAAAUAUGUAUUGCCUUCGUCUAGAACACGCUUUCAACAUCUCGGUGAUAGAACAGUUAAUUUGGAAUUACUGCUGACGAAGUUUCUGUUUCGGUGCUAUUCAUCGAAAAGGUCUAGUGGAGUUGGUUCCCGCAAGCGGAAGCUUGAUACCAAACCAGUAAUGAAGGACGAUAAGGAAGCGUUUUUUGUUGUCCGCAAAGGUGACCUCGUGGGUGUUUACAAAAGCUUAAGCGAUUGCCAAGCUCAAGUUGGAACCUCGAUAUGUGAUCCCCCAGUCAGUGUGUACAAAGGUCAGGCAAUGCCAAAGGACACUGAGAAGUAUCUCAUGUCUUGUGGACUCAAGAAUGCACUUUAUUCCAUCAGAGCUUCUGAACUUACUGAACAUUUUUUUGGCCCUCUUGUGCCUUGCCAUUUCCAGCCUUCUUCUAGAGGGGAAACAUCUGCCGAGCCCGUAACCAAGAAAAGGCCCCAGGUAGCUUUGUGGUCAGAUUAUGGGGAGGCAGCUGAACCUACGUUGUCUUCAAAUGAUGCCUUAGCAAAGCAUUUCAAAUUAGAACCUCAUAGAGGAGUUGACCAGAAUCAACCAGUUUGUCGAUCAUGUACCAUCGAGUUUGAUGGUGCUUCAAAAGGAAACCCAGGACAAGCUGGGGCAGGUGCUAUACUAAGAUCCGAUGACGGAAAUUAUAUUUGUAGGUUGCGGGAAGGCUUAGGCAUUGCCACAAACAAUUUUGCCGAAUAUCGUGGGUUUAUACUAGGGUUGAAAUAUGCACUUCGCGAAGGGUUCUCGAGCGUUCGAGUUCGAGGUGAUUCCAAACUCGUUUGCAUGCAGAUUCAGGGAUUAUGGAGGGUUAAAAACCAAAAUAUCUCAAGCUUGUACGAGGAGGCAAGGAAAUUGAAGGAUAUGUUUGGUUCUUUCCAAAUUAUUCAUGUGCUAAGGGACUUGAAUUCAGAGGCUGAUGCCCUUGCUAACUUGGCCGUGGAGCUCGCGGGUAAAAGUUGCAUCUCUUUGUACAAUUCUUCAUUAGUUACUAAAGCUAUCUAUCUAUUUGUUUCAUUUUUGGUCUCUUAUGUGAUUUUUCAGAUGGACAAAUUCAAGAGCAGAUUGAUAAAUAGCUUUGUAGUCCGAGAGAAAUGGCACUAAAGUAUAUAUACAGAUUAAUUGCUACUGGCCUUUCAUCUUUAACCCCUCAACUCAAAAUUGAACAGUUUAGCUAUUGGCAACGGUGACUGAAGAGGAUUUUUACUUUUGUGGAGUUUGUUGUUUCUUUUCCUCUGGAUUUAUCCGAUUUCAGUAUGCGGAUGGUAUUCAUAAUAUUGCAAUUUCGAGUGGCUAUUUAGUUCACAUCCCCUGUAAAGAAGCACAGACAAGAUUAUGAAAGUUGGAAGUAUUUUGGCCGAUUAAGAAAAGUAGUGUUGAGGAGAGGAAAGGUGGAGCAAAUGUUUUGUAUUUCCUGAAUUUAUGGAACGGAACAAUCCCAGCAUGCAGUAAUAUAUAUAUAUAUGUUAACAUUUUGAGCCUUUUCUAGUAUUAUUAUCAGUCGUAUUUUUCUGUGUGGCUACGGGGAACAUCAGGUGUCUACUAAAUUACUUUGCUAGAUAAAUUGGCUUAUUGUCGUUCCAAGAUGUCUUGUAUUUGGCUCAGUGUUUGUGUCCAUG